AUGUCGAGUGCUCGGAAUUUCUCAACUGUCCUGCGACGGGUUCGCGUGCCCAAACCCCGCCCUUCGAUCCGUCUUAUUACCGCUGCCCCUCGCGCCCCGACCGUGAAUGCGACCCGCGCUUUCAGCGUCUCCGCCCCCGUCAAGGCCACCAAGGAGGUCAAGUACACCACGAACGCCUACCCCGACCUCAAACGCGACCCGAAAUUCGCCGAGAUCACCGCCGAGGAUGUCCAAGUCUUCAAGGACCUGCUGGGUGCCCCGUCUGCCGUCAUCGAUGGCGUGACGGCCGACGCGGCCGACGAUAUCGAGCCCUUCAACGGCGACUGGAUGCGCAAGUACCGCGGACACACGAGGCUGGUGCUGAAGCCGCAGAACGCCCAGGAGCUUAGCAAGGUGCUGAAACACUGCAAUGAGCGGAAGCUGGCGGUUGUGCCGCAGGGAGGAAAUACUGGAUUGGUGGGCGGGUCGGUGCCCGUAUUCGAUGAGAUCGUGAUCAACACGUCGCGCAUGAACAAGAUCCGCUCGUUCGACGAGGCCUCGGGCGUCUUGGUUGCCGAUGCCGGUGUCAUUCUCGAAGUGGCGGACCAGCAUCUGGCGCAGAAAGACCACCUCUUCCCGCUGGAUCUGGGCGCCAAGGGAUCUUGCCAUAUCGGUGGCAAUGUGGCUACGAAUGCGGGCGGUCUGCGUCUGCUUCGCUACGGCAGUCUGCAUGGCAAUGUGCUGGGUCUGGAGGCGGUCUUGCCGGACGGCACGAUUGUGGAUUCGUUGUCCACCUUGCGCAAGAACAACACCGGGUACGACCUGAAGCAGCUUUUCGUGGGUGCUGAGGGUACCAUCGGUAUCAUCACCGCCGUUUCCAUUCUGUGCCCGCCCCGCCCGAAGGCCGUGAAUGUGGCCUACUUCGGUCUGGAGAGCUUCGAGCAGGUCCGCCAGGCGUUCAAGGAGGCCAAGGGCCAGCUGUCCGAGAUUCUCUCCGCUUUCGAGCUGAUGGAUGGCCGCAGCCAGAAGCUGGUCCACGAGUCCACCGGCAACAAGUAUCCCCUUGAAGGCGAGUACCCCUUCUACUGCGUCGUGGAGACCAGCGGAUCGAACCCCGACCACGACAUGGAGAAACUGGAGACCUUCCUGGAAUCCGUGAUGGGCGAGGGCAUCGUUGCCGACGGAGUGUUGGCCCAGGACGAGACCCAGUUUCAGUCGAUCUGGCGCUGGCGUGAGGGCAUCACGGAGGCCCUGAGCCACCUGGGCGGCACCUACAAGUACGACGUCUCUAUCCCUCUUCCCGAGCUGUACCAGCUGGUUGAUGACUGCCGGGAACGGUUGACGAAGCUUGGAUUCGUCGGUGACGACGACUCAUUCCCCGUGCGGGCUGUCGUGGGAUAUGGCCACAUGGGUGACUCGAACCUGCACUUGAACAUUGCCGUUCGCCAGUACAGCAAGGAUGUCGAGAAGGCCAUUGAGCCCUGGGUCUACGAGUGGAUUCAGAAGCGCAACGGUAGUAUCAGUGCCGAGCAUGGCCUGGGUCUCGCCAAGAAGGAGUUUAUUGGCUACAGUCAGAACGAGACCAUGGUGAAGCUGAUGAAGCAGUUGAAGAACUUGUAUGAUCCGAACGGUAUCAUGAACCCCUACAAGUACAUUUAG